CAGAAUCUUUCCACCCCUGCACUCCAAAAACCCAAUCAGACAAGUGGCCGUAAUCUGACUCCCAGUGCACAGGGAACCGCGGGGCAGGCAAUGAGAGCCUCACUCUGCCCAGGGAAGGAAUGAGUGACAGACCCGCAGCAAGGCGGUGGGGUAAUUGUGGACCUUUGUGUGGACCUUUGUGUCGAAGAGAGAAAAUCAUGGUGGCCUUCAAAGGGGUCUGGACACAAGCUUUCUGGAAAGCGGUCACUGCAGAAUUUCUGGCUAUGCUUCUUUUUGUUCUCCUCAGCCUGGGAUCCACCAUCAACUGGGGUGGAACGGAAAACCCCUUACCGGUAGACAUGGUCCUCAUCUCCCUCUGCUUUGGACUCAGCAUUGCCACCAUGGUGCAGUGCUUCGGCCACAUCAGUGGGGGUCACAUCAACCCUGCAGUGACCGUGGCCAUGGUGUGCACCAGGAAGAUCAGCCUCGCCAAGUCCCUCUUCUACAUCGCAGCCCAGUGCCUGGGAGCCAUCAUUGGGGCAGGAAUUCUCUACCUGGUCACACCGCCCAGCGUGGUGGGAGGCUUGGGAGUUACCACGGUUCAUGGAAAUCUUACUGCCGGUCACGGUCUCCUGGUGGAGUUGAUAAUCACAUUUCAGUUGGUGUUUACUAUUUUUGCCAGCUGUGAUUCCAAACGGACUGAUGUCACUGGUUCAAUAGCUUUAGCAAUUGGAUUCUCUGUUGCAAUUGGACAUUUAUUUGCAAUCAAUUAUACUGGUGCCAGCAUGAACCCUGCCCGAUCCUUUGGACCUGCAGUUAUCAUGGGAAAUUGGGAAAACCAUUGGAUAUAUUGGGUUGGACCAAUAAUAGGAGCUGUCCUUGCCGGUGGCCUUUAUGAGUAUGUCUUCUGUCCGGAUGUUGAACUCAAACGUCGUUUUAAAGAAGCCUUUGGCAAAGCUGCCCAGCAAACAAAAGGGAGCUACAUGGAGGUGGAGGACAACAGAAGUCAGGUAGAGACUGAUGACCUGAUUCUAAAACCUGGGGUGGUGCACGUGAUUGACAUUGACCGAGGUGAGGAGAAGGGGAAGGCCCCAUCAGGAGAGGUGCUGUCUUCAGUAUGACUAGAAGAUAGCACUGAAAGCAGACGAGAACCCUUAGAACGAUCCACAGAUUACCUUCCACCCAUUAAGGAAACAGAUUUGUUAUGAAUUAGACAUGAGCAGGUUUUUACAAUAUGAAAAUUGGAAGCAACUUAUUUGUUGUUUCAUGUCAUAUUCCUCAGUCUAAACAUUAAAUAUUUCAUUAUUUACCAAGGAGGAAAGGAAGAAACAUAUUGUGAAUUCCAAAUUAUAAAAAAAAGUUAAGUAUAUCCAUAGCAUGUAUGUAUAACAGUUUUUAUCCAGUUGUCUUUCAUUAAUAACCAAUUUAAAAUGCAUAUCAAGAUUUGGUUAAGUCUUGCCUGAGAGAAUUUAUAGGCAAACCUAUCAGCUUAUCCUUCCUCUACCAUGAAACUGGUAUUGCCAAUCUUCAUUUGAAUAUUUAUUCCAUAAAUUAAGUUUAUCUGUGGCAAAGUACAAUAGGUCACAGAGUCAUUCACAUUCAAGAGAGGAAUUAUAGCAUUUUUUUUUUAAUGGGCAAUACCUUAUUUUAAAACUACCUCGGCAAAACAAUAUUAACAAAGGUCAUUGCUAAUGGGUUGUUUCCAUUUAUACUGCAAGUGUCCUGCUUUCAAUCCCAUCUCCAAUUCAUAAUAUUCCUCUCUCCUCCUCAGCGUCCAAGGUAAGGUGGGACUAAAGCCUAGAAAUUUGGAAAGAAUGCUCAGAAACCAGGUACAUUUAUUAGGCCUAUCUAACAAAACAUCCAAAUCACAUCCAAAUCAGUGUAAGCAGAAUUGUUAAGUCUCUUGGAGGUGGGGAAAACUUACCAAUGCACAAAAGUCACAAGGGACAGGAAAUCUGUAUUCUAUCAAAUGGCUGUUCUGUUUUCAGUGCAACUUCUCAAAUAUAUCACACUAGGUUAACAGUCUAAGCUUUUAACCACUUAACCAUCUUGCUUAUUUUUUUUUUUUAAUUUAUUGGCAAAACUGGGGGGAGGGGGUGUUUGUUUGUAACUUGGGUUAUCUCUGUUUAAACUUAGCUGAAACAUACUUUUGAUAACAAGGACAUAACUAGUAAGUCCUGAAUUUUUGUUGAUUAUAUAGCUCUGCUCAUUCUAGAAGGUGUAAGUUGGUCCUGCCCAGUCCCAUUCUCUGCUGAGUUCUCACUUCUUGUGACAUAUGUUGAUAGUCUUCACUGAGAAUGUAAUGAUAUUUGAGCGAAUUGAAAUGCUUGAUAGUCAUGGAACGACAUCAUUGCAGAAUAAAAGGCUAGACCAUCAGAACGCUAUAUUCAAAGCUAACUAGGUGACCAGUCCCUUAUUUGUAGAGAUGUUGUACAUAACCCAAAACCUAUUUAAAGUAUUUUCAUUACUGACUCAUUUAUUUGUGAAAACAGUUUGUUUUUCCUGUACUGCUUUGCCUUAUGUCAGUAGUAUGUUCUCUGGAAACCCCAGUUUUCUAGUACCUUAACUGUCUAGGCUUUAUUUUAGACAAAGAGCUGCAAAUGUCAAUUUCAUUGGACAAAAGCUAGUAUUGGUGAAGCAAAAACAUAUGACAGCAAGUAAAGGCUUGUAGAUAGUUGAUAAUCAAGGGCUUUCUUCUUUUGAGCAUAGCUCCAUCUGUGUGCCAUAUUUUACUGUUAACGGCAGUUAAAUGUCUGUGGCAAUGAAAUAAUGGACCACUGUUAGACCUGAUUCACUUCGGUGCUAGGAAAGAGUGAUGUGGGAGGUUCCCAGAGAAUCAUCAGGACAGUUUGUGGCUGGGAGUGCCCCUUGCAUUUCCUAAGGCAGGUGCCUAAAUCCCAGGCCCUAUUUUCAGGGGUGUGGCCAUACCACACACUGCACCAGGGACACACAGUUACUUCCAGAGAAACACAGGUGCAAAUCUUGCAAGGAUGAAAUAUGUCCAUCAUUUCGAAUAUUUGCAUGAUAUACUAUUAAAGGUUUAAAACCAGGGGUGGUUCAGCUCAAAAGGUAAUGCUAUCAACCAUUUCCAAACAUAUCAGUUCAAAAAUAAGUUAGGUUAACAGGGAGGAGGAAAAAGACUUUCCAAAUAACCUUAUAAAAUACUGGCUUAUAAUCAUUUUUAUUCUGCCAUAAGUUUUGCUUCUGAUACACUGACACUUCCAACUACAGCAUUCAAUAAAUCAGUAGUAAAAAGAACGAUAUUUUUGUCAUUUGUUUUCCAGCAACAAGCAGAGUGCCUGGCACACAGUAGGUAUUCAAAACAAGUUUGUUGUUCAUGAAAUUAUAUAAACUUCAUUUGGGGUGUAAGAAUAUAAGUAAGUUUCUUUUCAUCUUUGUUUUGCUUGAUAUUUAAUAAAAGCAUGAUUUCAAAGACUACUAAAAGAAGGCAAUAUAAAUGUGAAAACCAUAAAAUACAUUUUUGCAUUCUACUAUUUUUAGAGGCAUGAAGUGAAGGAAAGCUUUAAUGCUUUUUUUUCCCUGCUUAUGAGACAACUUAUUUUGUAUUUCACUCAAGGCUCUGCCAGUAAAAAGUAAUGAAAUUGUACCUUUCUAAUGACGUCUAUGCAGCAGGGGUCUAUUGCCUUGUGGGUGGCACCAAAUUAUCCAAGUGUAUUAGGAGACUAGGGCUUUUUCCUUUAAUCCCUUCUUAUUAAUGAAGUGCAGAGUGCUACUCCCAGGAGAGCACUGCUGACGGAUAUACAGAAAAGCCAUCAGAGACGAAAAACUGGGAGGGACAUAAAUGAAUUAUAUCCAGCCAUGAAAACAAUGCCAACCAUCUCUUCCCUAAGGAAGAGUACAACAUGCAUCCCCAAAUUGUGAGGUGGUCCCUAAACUGAAAAUGCAUCUGCAGAUUGCCAAAGAGUACAAAGGAUAAGAGUGGUUUUUUAAGUUUACAGGGCUUUCAUAGAUUUUAGGAUUCAGAGUUUGAAUGUAUAUUUUCAUUGUCUUAGGAAGACAACAUUUUAUUCAGAAUCCUGACCUUUUAAACCAGAAGGAAAUACUUUCUGGUAGCUAAAUAGUUGGCAAAAAUUUAAGAUUCCUACCCUUGGUUUCUGUCAUUUGACUCGUUUCAUAAAUCCCUAUACUUUCUUUCUAUAGUUUGACCAUUUUCAUAAUGCAGCUCAUAGGAGCAAGCUAGACCUUCUGCCCAGUCUUGAAGAUUUUACAGAGACUAGACAUACAUGGAUAACAUCUAUGAAGGAAUUGAGUUAUCUGAUUUAAAAAAGAUCUGAUUCCAAAUAGCAGAGAACAGUCUCCUCAGACCGUGAAACAAGGCAAAACACUUAUUGAUUUAAAUUCAGUAAGGACAGGAAAAUUCAAAAGUAGAAUAACAAAUUCAAAUGCUAAAAUAAAUCCUGGUGAGGGAUUUUGCUGCAGCACGUUGACACCAGCCCCACGUGUUGGGAACAUUUGACAGAGAAAUUGCCCUUGUGACAAGUGAAGACGACACUGUGAGCUGAGAGAAAACUAUAUCAAACAAUAUAUAAGCCAAUAUAAAUUCUCAACAUAAGCACCAUAGAAUAUCAAAUUACUAACAUUUUACACCUGAAAGUAAUUAUGCUUUUCUUAAUGUGUUUAUAGCUGGAAAAUUAUUAGGAAGAUAUGGUGACUCUCUAGAAAGUGUAAUGUGACAAAACUUACCCUCUCUACCACAAAUGUUCUGUUUGCAUUUGAAUAUUAGUAGUUUACAGAAUGCCCCAGAACAGCAGUAACUUUUGAAACCCAUAAUUCUCUAAAAUAAAUGGAAGGCAUUUAAUUCAGGAAUAAAUAUAUGGCAGCUCACUUUCACAAAGGAUUGUCUAUAGCCCGUAAAACUACAUCUGAAACAACAUGUACAAUGCACAUUAAAUUUAAGAGCAAUUGUACUGUUACCCAUUCAUGUUAAAAAUCAAUGAGCUGAAAAAAUACACCUAAUUUAUAUAAUCACUGGGAUGUGUUGCUAGAUUCUCUUCAGGAUUAAUUAAAUAAACAUGUGAUUCAUGGAAAUACAUAAACAAUUGUUCACCAUGUUUAUGACCCAAAUCACAAUAAAAUUGUAAUACAUGAUAAACUGGGGAGUAGAAAUUGAACAUAUGGCUAUCUUUGCAGUUAUUUGUUAACUGAAAUGUUAUGCCAACAUUCAAGCUAAUGUUAAAAA